AUGGCUAGCUGUAGUGGAAAUGUUAAUUUUUCUUUAAGCGGAAAAGAGAAGCGUAUAGGUUUAGAAUCAGUUUUAGAAAUUGCAUUUGAUGAAUUAAUUUCAGAAUUCAAAAAAAAGUUUCUACAAAAAGUAAUAAGAGUAUUAGAAGAAGAAAAAUAUAAUGACAAUUUAGAUAUUAUGAAUGAAAGGAGGAAGAAAUUUUUUUUGAAGAAAUAUGAAGACGAUCAAAGAGAAGAUGAAAGUGAAAAUGAAAAUGAAGCUCAUACUCAAAAUCAGAGGGAAGAAAUUAUGAUAGAACAAAAAAAAAAAAUAAAAAAGGAAUAUAAUUCAUCAUCAAAUGAUAGUACCUUUGGUGUGUAUUUGAAAAGUAUUAUAGAUAGAAAUAAAAUCAGUUUAUUGAAAAAAUUAGAAAAACAAAAAGAAUUAAAAAAAGAAGAAGAAAAUAAUAAAAUGAAUUAUUAUAAUAAUAAUUAUAAAAAUGCAAUUAUAAAUUAUGAUGAAAAUAAAGAGAAACAUAAUAUUUUAAAUGAUAAAAGUCUACAUAAUAAAAAAGAACAAUCUAUGAAUGAGCGAACAAAAUUAAUUAAGUAUACAUUUGAUCAUAAAAUUAAAAAUGAUAUGUAUUUAAAUCCUUCUGAAUCUAAAUUUAAAUAUGUAAAUGAAAGGAUAGAAAAUUUAUAUAACAUAAGCAAUGAAUUAAGAUAUAAAAAGAGAAGAGAAAGAAGUAAUAAUAUAAAAUAUAUUAAACAUAAUGAAAAUGAAUUUUUUAAAGAAAAUGAUAUAGACGAUGAAAAAGGUAAUGAAAAAUAUAAUGAAAAAGAUAAUAUCAUCAAAUUAAAACAAUAUAAUAAUAAUUGUAGUAGUAAUAAUAAUGAUAAUAAUAAUAUUAAAGAUAAUAUAAGACAAAAUAUUAUUAAUAAUCAUCAGAAGAAUUAUGUAUCUUCUUAUAAUAACAGUUUUAAAUAUCCUUCUAGAAGUCAUAUAUUUACAGAAAGAUUUAAUGUUCAAGCGUCUGAUGAGAAUAAUGAUAAGAGUGAUAAUAUAUAUAAUAUAUUACAUAAAAAAAAUAAAAAUUGUAAUAAUAUUUAUGAGAAUAUUCUCCUUUCAUCGAAAGGUGCACAAAAAUUACUAUCAAGCAAAAAUAUAAUAGAUGAAGAAAAAAAACAAAUAAUAAAUGAUAAUAUAAAUAUAGAGAGUCCCCAUAAAUUUAGCGAUGCAUCUAAUGAAAAAAAUAAUCAUUUGGAAUGUAAAAAAAAAAAAAUGAAAUUAGAGAAGCCAUUUUCUUUUGAUCUACAUGAUAGUGAUGACAACUAUGUGAACGAAAAAAAUAAUAUGUACAAGCAGGUGGAUUUAAAAAAUAAUAUAUCACAAAGGCAUUAUAAAAAUAUAGAAGACUUCAAAUCAUGUCAAUUGAAAAAAAAAAGUUCAAAUGAAAAGGAAAUUGUUGAAAGGCCAAAUAAUAACUUGUUUUUUGAAGUUAUAAGAGGAAAGAAAAGAAAAAAUAUGCCAGGAUUUGAAUGUAAAGAUUGUAAGUCAUUUUAUAAUGAAAUAUAUUCAGAUGAUAAUGAAGCGAAAUGUGGGCACAAGAAUUUUUUCUUUAAAAAUGAGCAAAAUAUGAAAAAGAAAAUGAACACUGAUAAAGAUAUAAGUUGUAAAGAUAGUGCAACGAAUGAUAUCAAUAAUGUGGAUAAUAUGAAUAAUGAGAAUAAUAUAAAUAAGGAGGAUAACAAAAAUAUGGAGGAUAACAAAAAUAUGGAGGAUAACAAAAAUAUGGAGGAUAACAUAAAUAAGGAGGAUAACAAAAAUAUGGAGGAUAACAAAAAUAUGGAGGAUAGCAUAAAUAAGGAGGAUAAUAUAAAUAAUGCCGAUAAUUUAAAUAAUGAGGAUAAUUAUCUAUUAAACAAAAAUGUUAAUAUGAAUAAUUCUAAGAAUAGUAUAUAUUAUUCAAAUUCCUUAUCCUUAACAUGUUUGAAUGCUCAAACAGAUACUGAAAAAACAUCAUUGAACUUAAAAAAAAAUGGUAAUAUGUUAAACCAUGAUAAUAUAAAUAAAGACAGUGAUUUAGAAAAAGAAGAAAAAAAAAAAAAAAUUAUACAAACCUUUUCACGACAUAGAUAUCAUAAUAAAAUUAAUGACUCUCCAAAAAAUUUCUGGAAAUUUGAUUUCUUUAAAUAA